AUGUCAUUAGCUGAAGUUGUGAAGGCUGAGCCACAAAUGAUGGCUAAAACUAAGUUGAGCACCUGGCAAAUACCAACAGAUGUGAUUGAGCAAAGAAAAAAGCAAGAGAUGUCUGGUGCAGAAGAUGGGCUUAUGUGUAGAGAUGUGGGAGACAUCAAUGAAGUUCCUGAAUCUGGCGAGAGAGUCCACACCAACAAAGUUGGCUGGAGAAAACUACUUCCUCCAUUUAGGGCAGCUAAUGUUCAAGUCAUUAUUUGUCAUCUACACUCGAUGGACAACAACCAAUUUUUUGACAUGGAGGAUUUGUUUUUUACAUGAUAUCUGAAACAAGGUGUCCCUUACAUGGUAGUUAGGGAUUGUAUUUUAUGUAAUGGAUUGUAUUUUUUGUAUAUGAUUAUUUGUAUGACAUUAAAUUUUAUGCAAUGGAUUGUAUUUUUUGUAUAUGAUAUUUUAUUUUAUAUUA